UGGUAAUUUAAAUACAAACAGAGUGAUUGAUCCUUAGACCAUCAUUGUUUAUUCCGUCCAUAUCGACCAAAGAUGGGGGUAGUUUGCACUGGUUUGCUUCUUUUUGUCUGUAUGGCAGGAUCCUCUGCACUGAAUAUUACUAUGAACCAGAAUAUCCUAGGUCUUCUAGGUCCGUCAAGUGUACAGUUGAACUGUUCUUUUGAUACAGAUGCUGGGGAUGUGUUGUUCCUUAUUAAUUUUAAAGCGUUCAUUCGAGGAGCCUUUAGAAACAUCGCGUCUUUCUCACCACCAAAUUUCGGAGCACCAGCACUAAUAUUAACCGAUGGGUUUUACUUGAUUGGUAGGGUUACCCUGACAAAUCCAACAUCUGCAUCGACCACCGCAAUAAUGACCUUUGACGAGGUUGCUUGUGAAGAUGAAACUGAUUACCAAUGUGAAAUCAACUAUCAAGAUGGUGCUACAGGCGACGCUCCGUCACCUUUACCGUUUGCCUCCACAAACCUUACUGUUAGGGCUGCUGCAGAAAAACCAAUAGAUUCCCCUUUGAUUACCGGGGUCAAUGGUAGCAUUAUUGAGGGUCAAAAUGUGACCUUCACCUGUUCAGGAAAUGUUGGAAAUCCUCCAGGAACAUUUAUUUGGGAGAAGUAUCGUAUGAUUGGUUUCUUUCCAAAAACAUACGAGGACAAACCGACCACAAUAACACCUGGACUGGUAAACUGUACAAACAACGGGACCAGCAGCGUUACCAUAGCAAUGGAAAGUGAAGAUGAUAGGUCUUUAGUUCGCUGUGUAAUCAAACAGGAGUUUGGAGAUGUUUUUCAACAAACAUCUAUCCUCAGUGUUCUCUACAGUGCACGCGAACCUGUAAUCAUAACAAGUCCAGAUCAACCUUCUUACAUUGAGGGAUCAGAUCCUAUUACGCUAACAUGUUGGGGUGCUGGGAAUCCGAUUCCAACAUAUACCUGGUACAGAGAGGCCAACACUACGAUUCUUUCAACUACGUCAUCAUAUGUUAUCAAUGAUGUCACUGUAGAAAAUGGUGGCACCUACAUUUGUGUGAUUGAAAACAUGGUUGACGGACGACUGUUUAACGAUUCGUCUGCUUUCAAUAUUAUAAUAGAUUCAAUAACUACUGACGCAGAUACGACUGAAUCUAUCAGCACAGAAUAUUCUAGUUUUCACGACGUAACAGAUACAUCUGAAUCGCAGACAACACCAAACAUGUUAAUGAUAAGUGAUGCAACAACAAAUUUUGUAAGUACGGAUUACACAAUGUCUUUUGAAGUUUCAACGACAAAUGAGCCUGUGACAUUACCUAUAACAUUUGAAUCGACUAUUGCCACAGAAGAACUGACAACGGAACAUCAAUACACCACAAUGAGCGAAUCCAUGACAACAAAUAUAUUCGAAACAUCUACGGAACAAUAUGCAACAACAGCUGAAGAAUCAACAACACAAAAUUACGCAACAACUCAAGAAUUUACUACACAAAAUGAACUUACAAGUGAAAAAUCAACAUUUCAGCAGGUUACAACAGGCGUAGAAUCAACUACAAAAGAGACUCUAACAACACACAAUGAAGUUUCAACUGAAGAGGACCAAACAACACAUUAUGAAUCGACAACAUCAGAGAAAUCAACAGCACAAUUUGAAGCAACAACAAGAGAGGAAGCAACAACAAUGGAGGAUGCAACAACACAAGCCAAAACAACAAGAGACGAGACAACAACACCAACAUAUGGAAUAGCAACAACACAUGGAAUAACAACAACAAGAGAUGAAACAACCACACAAAAUAUAUUAGACCCACUAGUAUCCACAAGCAAUGAAGUAACUCUGAAAAUAACUGCAGCCAAUACUAUAUAUAGAAGCACAAGUAGUUUAGAGGCACAAACCACAGAAGCAACGACAGCAUUGGUUGAAACAACAAUUGAAACUACAACAGCAGACAAAAUGACAACUGAAACAACAGACAACAAAGUAAUCACCACAGAGACGACAGCGGUCACAACUACUAGUCACGACACUACAAUGAAAGAAGAAACAACAACCAGUGAAAGAACAACUAAAUAUGAUAUAACUACAGUUGUUAUGACAACGAAAGAAUCUACUGUUGAGGAUACCACUACUUCUCAUUUAGUGUCAACGUUACCAGUGACUUCGGCACCUACGUUGCCUAUGACAUCUAUGUCGACGCCAUCUAAUAACUCCUCAACAGAUGCAAUCCGGAUGGCACCUACAUCAUCUAAUAAUAACACAGGGGCUAUAGUAGGUGGUAUUAUUGGUGCUAUGGUCGCCAUUGCAGCUUCUGUUUUUGUUUUAAAAUAUUUAUUGGCGAGACAAAAGAGUGGAAAAUUUGGAUCAGACAAUAAAAUAGCGCCGAUGGAAACAAAUGAAGCAUCAGGAAGCAUGGCACCCUCGUCUACACAACAAGUUGUUUGAACUUCAUUGUUGUCGUCUCUUUGUGAUGUUUUGGCAAACAUAAAUUGGUGCAUAAUAGGUUUAGAUAGAGCUUCUUGUAGUUUUGCUUUCAAUUUUACUUUUCUUUUGUCAUUUUUUUGGAGUUACGUCU